UAUUACAAAAAUCACAUAUUGAGAAUGUUAUCCUUCAUACGGAAGAGAAAUAAAGCAAAAUAAUUUGAAUGACGUGGCUGUGCCUCAGUGAUAUUAUUACAAAAACUGGUCUGGAACUAAAAGGAGAUACUACAAGAUGAGGGGUUUCUUGCCCUUUGGUAGAGUUGCCUGAUCUGUUUACAAGAGGAUGUGGAAGAAGUGUCACACUACGUCUCUGGUUUGCAGACGUGGAUAGGCCGAUAGGGUGCGUUAAAGCAGUUUCAGAUAUCGACGAUGAGAAGCAGAGAUACAGCAAUAACGACACCAACACAAACACAAGUACUCAUAUAUCCAACCAACCAACCAACCAGUUUGGACCGUGAAAGAGCCGCACAGACACAGAGCGAGACCAAGAAUGGCGAGUUCUGGAGUAGCAUUGGACGACAUACCUUCUGUUGAUAUCAUGACCGAACUCCUCCGCCGCUUCAAGUGCUCCUCCAAGCCUGACAAGCGUCUAAUUCUCGUCGGACCACCGGGAUGUGGAAAAGGCACACAGUCGCCAAUUAUCAAGGAUGAGUACUGCUUGUGUCAUUUGGCAACCGGUGAUAUGCUGAGAGCUGCAGUGUCUGCUAAAACUCCUCUUGGAAUCAAGGCUAAAGAAGCCAUGGAAAAGGGAGAACUUGUAUCUGAUGAUUUGGUGGUUGGGAUCAUUGACGAAGCUAUGAAGAAGCCGUCAUGUCAAAAAGGUUUCAUCCUGGAUGGUUUUCCGAGGACCGUGGUUCAAGCACAAAAGCUUGAUGAGAUGCUUCAGAAGCAGGGGGUUAAAAUUGACAAGGUUCUCGACUUUGCAAUUGAUGAUUCCAUAUUGGAGGAGAGGAUCACUGGUCGUUGGAUACACCCUUCGAGUGGUCGAACCUACCACACAAAAUUUGCACCUCCCAAGGUUCCUGGUGUUGAUGAUGUCACAGGAGAACCUUUGAUGCAACGGAAAGAUGAUAAUCCGGAAGUUCUCAAGUCAAGGCUAGCAGCCUUCCAUACACAAACCAAACCGGUUAUCGAUUAUUAUGGCAAGAAGGGUGUUCUUGCACAGCUGCAUGCGGAGAAACCCCCAAAUGUGGUCACUACUGAGGUUCAGAAGGUUCUCUCGCAGUAAACUUUUUUUGUCAUCUACUCUAUUGUAACCUGAGACAUUCUCAGAUCGGCUGAUUUUCCCCUUUCUUUCAAGUUUUAUGUGCCUUGACUUCGAGGCAGUUGCAGUUGUUUUUAAGAGUUUUCAUAGAUGCAUUUGACUUGGCUGCAUAAUAAAAAAAGUUGACAGUGAAA